CGGGCGGGGGAAGCGGGGUGGCGGCCGGCCGGCAAGGCGCAUCUCCUCCGGUGGCCCGCGCCCGCCCGCCUGCGCGCUCUCCUCCGAGCCGAUGGGGGGCUGCUACUCCGCCUACGCCUGCUCGCGGAAGCUGCGGGGGCAGAUCUCCUUCGUGCUCCCCGUCCCCGAGCGCGACCGCGACGACCGCUCCAGCAGCGACGGCGCCAGCACGAGCACCGCCUCCCCGUCCCCGUCCCCGCGCGCGGACGCCGCCGCGCCCGCCGUGGUCCGCACCACCACCGCGGCCGAGUUCGCGCGGCGCUACGUGCUGGGCCGGGAGCUGGGCCGCGGCGAGUUCGGGGUGACGCGCCGCUGCCGGGACGCCGCCACGGGGGAGGCGCUCGCGUGCAAGACCAUCCGGCGGCCCCGCCGCCGCGCGCCGCGCCGCCUGGGGCCCAACGGCGCCCAGCAGCAGCAGGACAGGGCGGCGGCGGCGCACGCGGCCGACGUGCAGCGCGAGGUGGCCAUCAUGCGCCGCAUGUCGGCGCGCGGCGGCGCCGCCGUGGUGCGGCUCCGCGAGGCCUGCUGCGAGGACGCCGCGGCGAGCGGCGCCGUGCACCUCGUCAUGGAGCUCUGCGAGGGCGGGGAGCUCUUCGACCGCAUCGUCGCGCGCGGCCACUACUCGGAGCGCGCCGCGGCGAACCUCUUCCGCACCAUCGUCGACGUCGUCCAGCUGUGCCAUUCCAACGGGGUGAUCCACAGGGACCUCAAGCCGGAGAACUUCCUGUUCGCCAACAAAUCCGAGGACUCCCCGCUCAAGGUCAUCGACUUCGGCCUCUCCGUCUUCUUCAACCCCGGCGAUCGGUUCACGGAGGUUGUGGGGAGCGCCUACUACAUGGCCCCCGAGGUGCUCAAGCGGAGCUACGGGCCGGAGGUGGACGUCUGGAGCGCCGGCGUCAUGCUCUACAUCCUCCUCUGCGGCGUCCCGCCCUUCUGGGGAGACAACGACGAGAAGAUCGCGCAGGCGAUCCUCCGCGGCGGCAUCGACUUCAGCCGGGAGCCGUGGCCGCGGGUUUCCGGCAACGCCAAGGACCUGGUCCGGAGGAUGCUGGACCCGGACCCCUCCACCCGGCCGACGGCGAGGCAGGUCCUGGAGCACCCGUGGCUCAAGAACGCGGACGCGGCGCCCAACGUGUCGCUGGGCGACGCCGUGCGGGCGCGGCUGCAGCAGUUCUCCGCCAUGAACAAGUUCAAGAAGAAGGCGCUGGGCGUGGUGGCGCGCAGCCUCCCCGUGGAGGAGCUGGACAAGUACGUGCAGAUGUUCCGGCUCAUGGACAAGGACCAGAACGGCAACCUGUCGCUGGAGGAGCUCAUGGACGGCCUCCACAUCAACGGCCAGCCGGUGCCCGAGUCGGAGAUCCGGAUGCUCAUGGAGGCCGCGGACACGGACGGCAACGGGACGCUCGACUGCGACGAGUUCGUGGCGGUGUCGCUGCACCUCAAGAAGAUGACCAACGACGAGUACCUGGCGGCGGCAUUCCGGUACUUCGACAAGGACGGCAGCGGCUUCAUCGAGCUGGAGGAGCUCAGGGAGGAGCUCGGGCCCAACGAGCAGGUCAUCCUCGACAUCAUCCGCGACGUCGACACCGACCAGGACGGCCGCAUCAGCUACCAGGAGUUCGAGCUCAUGAUGAAGGCCGGCACGGACUGGAGGAACGGCUCGCGCCAGUACUCCAGGGCCAAUUUCAACAGCCUCAGCCGGAAGCUCUGCAAGGACAUGUCGUGAAAAGCCAGACCAAUUUGGAUUUGGACUUCGGAGGGGGGUAGCCACUAUCAAUCAACCACGAAAAGAACAUUGGUUGCUGUUGAUGAACACACGUACUGUUGUUGUUGCUCAUCUGACAGAAAAUUCAUUUCUCGAUGGGUAAACUAACUAGGACUGAACUUGCAGAUUCAAACUCGUACUUAAAAAAAAAAAGGGACGCCCGGAGGAGGUAGAGGAACAGGACGAAAUACAAUUUCUGAAUUUGAAGCAUACAUGUAGCUCCCUGAAUAGUAUACUACAAACUCUCAGGCUCUCUGCCU